CUCAGUUACUUCCUGACAUUCGUGCUAGAAAGAUGAAAUUCUUGGGAAUCCUCGCGGUGUGGCUCUUUUCGCGCUCUUUUGCUGAACCCGUGAUGGAAGUUGGGCCGUUAGAGAGGGAAAAGCGUUUUAUUAUUUUCCCACCGACAUCUCCUACGCGUCAUCAGUUUAUUUUUGGUAUCGGUAUCCCUCUGGAUUUGGAUUCAAUAGCCGUGACCACGGGAUAUGUCUUCAAAGCACAAUACUUCCUGCCCACAAAACCGGAACAACUGCGUAUAAGUCCAAUAUGGGAGACCAAGAAAGUGCGUCGGGAUAUACCAUCAGCAUCAAAUUACUCUCAAUCCGAGAUGGAGUUUGAUGGUCACAGAGAGGUCUACAAUGUGGAUAAUGUGCUCAUAGAGGAAUCACCAAUCGCCGUGGAUGAGGAGGAUUACGAGUGGAUGAAAGAGGAUGAGGAUGAAUUGCAGGAAGUCGAGAAAACAUUCGAAACUGAUGAUGAUUUUACCGUCGAUCACACUCGAUGGCAUAUCUACAGAGGAUUAGAAGCCAUUGCUAAUGAGCAUGGAUUUGGGGGACGAGCAUGCGUGCUGAGGCUUAUUUGUGAAGCUGCAGAGGUGCCUCUGGAUCAAAAGAGCGGGAUUCUCUCUGAGCUGGUUCACAUCCUCCUGACCCCAUCCACGACAAACGAGAAAGUUUCCCAACACUCGGAUAAUGAAUAUUUCAGAGCAGAACAACUCGGGCAAUCUGGUGUAUCGUGCAGUCGGGAAUUUGGCGAAUGCAAGGGCUCCCUUCUGGACAUCAUCUCCUCCGUUCACGACCCAAUGGUUGAUGAGAUAGUGAAAAUCAUGACGUAAUUUUUAAGAAAUAAUUAUUUUUAAAAUAAAUUUACGUGCACAACAUUCUGUGCC